AGUGAUGUUCCACACUCUGCUUAAGAUCGUUGAGACUUCGACGCUGGGCUGAGGCGCACAGCAAUUUGCAGCUUGUACUAGUUGGUGUUCGACUCUAGUACUUAAGGAAUCAUAGACCGCUACAAUCUUUUUAGCUCUCUAUCACUGUUAUUUCCGUUUUUCACAACAAUCAUGGUACGAAAAUUAAAAUAUCACGAACAAAAAUUGCUGAAGAAAGUCGAUUUCAUAUCAUGGGAAGCAGAUAACAACCUGCACGAAGUGAAAAUUCUGAAACGUUAUCGAAUACAAAAAAGAGACGACUAUACAAAGUAUAAUAAAUUAGCACGAGAAAUUCGUGAAUUAGGGAAAAAGAUUAAAGAAAUUGAUGCUGACCAUCCAUUUCGAAUAGAACAGAGUGCGUUAUUGUUGGAAAAAUUAUAUAUAAUGGGACUUAUAGCAACAAAAUGGGAUUUAUCACUAACGCAAAAAGUGAGUGCAAGUUCGUUUUGUAGAAGACGAUUGCCAGUUGUUAUGGUACGAAAUAAAAUGAGUCAAAAUUUAAAAAUGGCAACACAAUUAAUAGAACAGGGUCAUGUUAGAGUUGGUACAGAAGUUGUAAAAGAUCCAGCUUUUCUGGUCACAAGAAACUUGGAAGAUUUUGUUACUUGGGUGGACACGUCUGCUAUUAAGAAACAUGUAUUGGAAUACAAUGAUGCUAGAGAUGACUUUGAUAUGGCAUGAAACAAAU